UGUAGUUUCUUCAUUAAUUUUGCCAUUUUGUUGCGAGGCUUGGCCAUGGAAGCAUAUUUGGCGUUCAUAAGUAUAAUAUCUUAUGUUAUAAUAACCGAUUCAAUACCACCAGAACAAUGCUUUGCCAAUUUUAGAUGGGAUGACUGCGGCCGAGAGCCUAAACCGGUCAUGUACUACUGGAAGCCAGGGUCAAGAUGUGAAGUUGGUAUCUGGCGAGGCUGUCUUCCCAACAUCAACAUGUUCAGAGACGAGUACGAAUGCGUAUCAACAUGCAUCUUCUCCAUGCGGGCUCACGCCGACCAUUUCAACAUGAUCAAUGAGGAAGAAGAACCUGAGACCGAGCUGCCUACUACUGAGGUGGAUCUUAAUGUAACGGUUGAGACGGGCAAUGAUACCAUUGUCAAUGGCACAGACGGACUGAACAACACGGAGGUUGAAGAAGGUGGAGGUGGCCAGAACGACACUGUAGCAAAAGAGGAUGACACAACAGGCGAAACUGCUGCCGGUACUGAGGGUGCUGCCGAGACUACUGCAGCGGCUUCAUAAAGCAGUUUUAUAUCUGCGCUCCUUUGUAUCUGCGAUUUAAAAUACAAAAUAAAACACCGCCUAUUUAUUUACAAUAAACUUCUGCCGGCAACUUCGUCCGCGUUGGAUUUUGUGCUAAGAGAAGAAAUAUAAUAAUAAAAUGUAGAAAAACACUCGGGCUGCGGUCUCACACAGAUAAGCAUGUCACUGACGUGUAACCCGCCCAUAAAUAAAACGAACCCGGUAUUGCACGGAUAAC